CUGAAGUUAAUAAUGAUAUUGCAAAUCGUAAGGCUCAAAGUAAAGUAGAUAAAGAAGUAAAAGACCAACUACCUAAAGAGGUUAAUGGUACUACACGUUGGAAACAAACAGAAAGAGCUAAAAAAUAUAUGAACUUUUCAUUGAAAUCG